GAUUGGCCAGUGCCGGUUCAGUGGUUGGAUCAUCAGCAUGCUGGCGCGGCUACAGAUCGCGCGCCGGCCGUGGCUAGUGCGCGGCGCCGCUACGUCGGGCGCCACCAAGCUGCGCCCGGAGCGCUUCGUUGACGUCGCGCGGCUCUUCCAGAGCGAGCAGCAGACACACCGCGAAUUCACCAAGAUGCCAUCGCGCUUCGCCGUGCCAGCUUGCGCGCCGUGGCCGAGCGACGUGCAAGGCACGACGAUCAACGUGUCGUUGUACCGCUCGUCUCACAAGCGCGGCCUUCUCAAGCCUGACGUUGUCGCUGCGCUCGACGCCAUCGGCUUUGUCUGGGACCUCCGCGAGUUCAAUUGGCAGUGGCGCAUGCGGGCGUUCAAGACGUACCGCGAGCUGCACGGCCACACCAACGUGCCGCAAGCCUUUAGCGUACCCAGCGACGACUCGCGCUGGCCUGUGCACACGUGGGGACUUGCGCUCGGCGAUAUCGUGCACAACCUGCGAACAGGCGCCAUGGCGAUCCGGAAAGACCAGCGCGCGCAGCUGGAGGCGAUCGGGUUCGUCUGGGCAGCCAACAAGUACAGCUGGAGCGAUACCCUCGACGCGCUCAAAACGUUUCGCGGUCUGCACGGCCACGUGAACGUGCCGCAGAUCUUCCAGGUGCCGUCCGAGAACCCCGCGUGGCCGCCACACACGUGGGGUCUCAAGCUCGGGGCCGCCGUCCGCAACUUCCGCAUGCGCAAGAACGUGAUCGCAAAAGACAAGUGCAGCGACCUCAACGCGAUCGGGUUUCUGUGGUCGACACGGCAAAAGUUGGACGAGACACAAAUUAAGCACUAAAUUCUGGUAUGACCAUCGUCGCUACACUUCAUAAAAUUCGC